AUGAACUCAGGACAAGUGGUGGUGGUGGUGGUGAUAACCUUCCUUGUCAAAAGACUGGCCCACCACUGCCAGUCGCCCUGCCACCAGUUGCCCGGCCGCCACCGGUCGCCCCGCCACCAGUCACCCGGCCGCCACCGAUCGCCCGGCCGCCAGUUGCCCUGCCAGUCGCCCCCGCCACCGGUUGCCCGGCCUCCACCGGUCACCACGGCCGCCGCCGGUCGCCCCGCAGGUCGCCCCACCACCGGUCCCCCAGCCGCCGCUGGUCACCCCACUGGUCGUCCGGCCGCCACCGGUCGCCCUGCCGGUCGCCCGGCCACCGCCAGUCAUCCGGCCGCCACCGGUCGCCCGGCCGCCGGUCGCCCCACCACCACCGGUUGCCCCACCGACGGCUGCCAUCCCACCACCAACAGUCAACCUGCUGCGGCUGGCAAUUGUCCCGCCGGCUGA